CUUCGUUUUGCCGGACGCAAGCAACUCCCGAGGUCGUUUCUGCACGCGGACGGCGGAUAUAUUGACGCCAAGGACAUCUUACGAACACGACUUUCAGCGAAUAUCGUGACCAGCCGGUAGUUGAUGGUCACUACCGGCUGCGUAACACUUGUCUACCACGUGAACCACAAAGACCUCGCUGUGGCGUGAAGAUGGUGUUAGGGUAGCAAAUUUGGCUAGCGUGGUAAGGCUGUGCUAGCGGUGGCUCAACCGCGGCUGUAGUGGCGGGUAGUAGCGGGUCAGGGCAUCGAGUUUGUUCUUUGCGACAACUUUGCGUUCGUAUCACGACAUCUUUUUCGUUCUUGACGUGCGCUUCCUCUCCUUGCUUAAAAUCUUGCUUACUCUCAAUAUACCUAUUUUCAGCAUAUCUACAUCAACCAGACACGUAGAGAACACACGAAAACACGAAUACCGCAACCAUGUCCACCAAGACGCGCCCCGCCAUUCCGCCAGUAGUCAUGGACAGCAUGACGCAGCAAAUCGGCAACACACCCCUUGUACGCUUGAACAAGAUCCCGCAGUCUCUGGGAAUCAAAGCAACCGUAUACGCCAAGGUCGAAGCCUUCAACGCUGGUGGUAGUGUGAAGGACCGCAUCGCCCUUCGCAUGAUCGAGGCCGCUGAAAAGUCCGGUCGCAUAAAGCCUGGUGACACUCUCAUCGAGCCUACUUCCGGUAACACGGGUAUUGGGCUGGCUUUGGUAGGCGCGAUCAAGGGAUACAGAACCAUCAUCACGCUUCCAGAGAAGAUGAGCCCAGAGAAGGUGGCGGUUCUCAAGGCGCUCGGAGCUGAGAUCAUUCGUACCCCGACAAGCGCGGCAUGGGAUAGCCCUGAAAGUCAUAUCGGUGUUGCCAAGAGAUUAGUCAAGGAGAUUCCGAACGCACACAUCCUCGACCAGUACUCGAACCCGGAUAACCCGAUGGCGCAUGAGUGUGGCACUGCGGAGGAGGUAUGGACACAAACAGACGGCAAGAUCACAUGUCUUGUUGCUGGUGCAGGAACCGGAGGCACCAUUACAGGUCUCGCACGCGGCCUUCGGAAACACAAGCAGGAUGUCAAGAUUGUUGCUGCCGACCCGCACGGCAGUAUUCUUGCCCUCCCCGCGAGCCUCAACGACGAGCGUGUGAACGAGGGCUACAAGGUUGAGGGAAUCGGAUACGACUUCAUUCCUGACGUCUUGGAGCAGAAGAUUGUAGACAAGUGGUACAAGACAGACGACCAGACAUCGUUCAUGUACGCACGCAGGCUGAUCGCCGAGGAGGGUAUCCUUGUUGGUGGUUCGUCUGGCAGUGCAAUGGCUGCUAUGGUUGAAGCUGCGAAGGACAUGAACCUGACUGAAGACGAUGUCAUUGUCGUCAUACUUCCGGACAGCAUCAGGAGUUACCUCAGCAAGUUUGCCGACGACGACUGGCUUGCAGCGAACGACCUUCUCCCUCCUACGCCUCCUCUGACACCCGACACAAACGGCGCAUCCGCACGCCGUCUCUCCACCACCAAGCAGGCCGACGCUUUCCACGGCGCUACAAUUGCUUCCCUCCGGCUCAAGCCUGUCACCACCAUCCCUUCCAACUCGCCAUGCAGCGAAGCCAUAGAAACUAUGCGUGAGAAGGGCUUCGACCAGCUUCCUGUCAGCACGUACUCUUCAUCUGGAAAGGCGCGUCUCGUGGGUCUUGUAACCCUCGGUAACCUCCUCUCCUACAUCGCGGCAGGUCGCGCUACGCCCAAGUCGUCCGUCGAAGAAGUCAUGUUCGAUUUCCGCAAACUGAACGAAGUCGUAAAAGACCUCGGUCGUCUGUCGCUAGACGGUGACAACGCGAAGAACACACAGAAGGGUGGCAAGAAGGGACGAAGGGAGUUUGUUGAGAUCACCAAGGAAACCAGCUUGGGCGACCUGAACAAGUUCUUCGAGUGGAACAGCGCUGCUGUUGUCACCGAGCGCGUAGAUGGCGAGCCUAGGGCUAUUGCUGUUGUUACAAAGGUGGACUUGCUUACUUGGAUGGUCAGGCAGGGAAGCACCAACGGAACACACUAGAUGAUAUGGAGAUGAAGAAAGAAAAGCAACAAAACGAAUAUUGGACAUGAUACACAACGAAACUCUCUACAAGAUAUGGGUCGGUGGCAUGGGAACGGUAGCGAUGGAGUUAUGGGCAUAGUAUGACUCGA